AUGGGUGCAGCUCCUUCUAAAAUUGUAGAUAAUCUUCUGGAAGAUACAAAUUUUGAUUUAGAUGAAAUUGAAAGAUUAAGGAAAAGAUUCAUGAAACUUGAUCGAGAUAGUUCAGGAUCUAUCGAUAAGAAUGAAUUUAUGAGUAUUCCCGGUGUUUCCUCCAAUCCAUUAGCUGGUCGUAUAAUGGAAGUUUUUGAUGCUGAUAAUAGUGGUGAUGUCGACUUCCAAGAAUUUAUUACCGGUCUCUCCAUAUUUAGUGGGAGAGGCAGUAAGAAUGAAAAAUUGAAAUUUGCUUUCAAGAUUUAUGAUAUUGAUAAAGAUGGGUUCAUAUCAAAUGGUGAAUUAUUUAUCGUUUUGAAAAUUAUGGUGGGUUCUAAUUUAAACGAUGAACAAUUACAACAGAUUGUAGAUAGAACUAUAAUGGAAAAUGACCUUGAUGGUGAUGGACAUUUAAGUUUUGAAGAAUUUAAAAGUGCUAUCGAAACAACAGAAGUUGCAAAGAGUUUGACAUUAGAUAUAGAUAUAUAA